AUGAAGAACCCUAAUUAUCCCCUUAAGAAGAGGCUCGCCUCCCGAUUUCUGAAAGCCUUGGAGAAAAUCAAGUACAAUAUGUCGCCGUCGCCAGUAUCAAUAGAGGAGAAGAGAAGGAGGCACCGCGCAGUGAGAGGCGCGGCCUAUGCAUCCAUGGCUUCUUCAGUGGGGCCGCGGAGGGCAUGGAGCCGGGCCCUGCUGAGGAAGAUGAGAGAGAGAAAGAGGGCGAGGCGAAACCCUAGAAAUGCGGAUACGAGGUUUGGGUUGAACCAACUAUGCGAUGUCGUACCAGGUGGGGAAGCCAUGGAUUCGCGGAGCUUGUUGAAUGAAACGGCUCACUAUAUAGAGUGCCUUGUAGCUCAGGUGCAAAUCAUGAGAGAGAUUCUUCAUUCUUCCUCUUCUUCUUCUUCAACAACAUUGUAA